AUGGAUAAAAAUGUAUUCAUCGAGCUUUGGACUUGUAUAAAACAAAAGGAAUAUAUUAAGGACACACGUGAGAUUAAAGUUGAAGAAGCAGUUGCCAUUUUCCUUAUAAUUUUUGGUCAAAAUGUGGGAAUGAGACUUAUAGUUGACCGAUUUCAACAUUCGCUUGAAACUAUUGAUAGGCACUUCCAUUUAACAUUAAAGGCAAUAUGUAAAUUAGGACAGGAUAUCAUUCGACCAACUCAAUCUUCGUUACAUUCUCAUAUUGUCAACUCCUCAAAAUACUACCCAUGGUUUCAGGGCACUGCAAAUGAUUCCAGGGUGUUUAUAAAUGCAAUUAAGAAACCUAAAUAUAAGUUUCCAUUGCCUAAAGAAGGUGAAUACUAUGUUUUGGAUUCUGGGUUUCCAUGCACAAAAGGUUUUCUCCCACCAUAUCGUGGUGAAAUAUAUCAUUUGCAAGAAUACAAUAGUGGACAUAAUCGACCACGUGGUAUGAAAGAACUAUUCAAUUAUAGGCAUUCUUCUCUUAGGAAUGCCAUUGAACAGUGCUUUGGUUUUGAUAAUAUGUUUAGAGAAUGGGAAGAAAAAAAACUUGAGGGUGAAGACAACAUAGAGGAAGCUAACACUAGUGUGUCAAGAUGUGAAGUCAAUUUAUCUGAUGAAUCCGCCAUAGCAAUGGCAAGAUGUCGAGAUCGUAUUGCUCAAGCUAUGUGGACAGCUUAUAACAAUAGAGAUUAG